CAGCCUGGCCCUGCUGCAAGUUCCACCAAUGUUGGUGCCUCUGGUCGUUCACCAAGUAAAGCAGUUUCUCCAAGAGCAGCAGGAUCUACUGUGAGACAAAGAAAAACUACAAGCAGUGGUGCAAGAAGUGCUGGACGGACCACAUCUGCUGGCACAGGAGGCAUGUGGCGAUUCUAUACAGAGGACUCUCCAGGUCUUAAAGUAGGGCCUGUUCCAGUACUGGUGAUGAGUCUACUUUUUAUUGCUUCUGUGUUCAUGCUUCACAUCUGGGGUAAAUACACACGUUCUUAA